CCUGCAGCCUUUUCUUAAAAAACGUUUUAGUAACGAACAGCUCGUAAUAAAAAAGGCCUUCACAAGUCGUGACGGAUAACAGUUCCUGAGACACCAUGGGGAAGGUUCCUCUCUGUACACGGGAGAAAUUGGAGGAAAAAAAUCAAGGAAGUGGCCAGAUGGGACAUUUGUGUCUGUCACGAGGAUAGCGUGCUUCGAAAGAUCGGCGGGAGAGGAUGCUGCUCUUUGUCAGGCCGAGGAAGAACGGGACACGGAAAGCCCCAGUGACUCAAGACCGGGACAGUCGCUUGGUGCUCAGAAGACGGGGAAAAAUAUGUGCAUCAUCUGCACCACUGACUUUGCAAGAUAGCAAAGGGGAAAAGUAACACACUGAACGUCGGUCGCUAUAUUUCAGGAACUCAACAGCCAAAAUACUACUGCUUAAUCUGUGUUAAAAAAAAAAAAAUGAAUUUCCUGUCAACGUUUGUGACGUUUCAGAACCUCCGUGAGGUUCGAAGAUUGUGCCACUGGGGUCCAGUCAUAGCCCUGUCUGUCAUUGCUAUAUGCUCCACCAUGGCAAUUCUGGACUCAAUUAUAUGGUAUUGGCCGUUAGAUACAACAGGGGGCAGCAUUAACUUCAUAAUGCUCAUCAACUGGACUGUUCUCAUUCUCUACAACUACUUCAACGCCAUGUUUGUUGGACCUGGAUACAUUCCUCUCGGCUGGAAACCCGAGAAUCAACAAGAGAGUAGGUAUCUGCAGUACUGCAGAGUGUGCCAAGGCUACAAGGCCCCCAGGUCCCACCACUGUCGAAAGUGUAACAGGUGUGUGAUGAAAAUGGACCACCAUUGCCCUUGGAUCAACAACUGCUGCGGCCACUUGAACCACGCCUACUUCACCAGCUUCCUGCUGCUGGCUCCGCUGGGUUGCUCGCACGCUGCUAUCAUUUUCAUCAUGACCAUGUACACACAGCUGUAUGAGAGGAUAUCGUUUGGCUGGAGUACAGUCAAGAUUGACAUGAGUGCUGUGCGUCAGGUCCAGCCUCUCAUGCCCUUCAGCGUGCCCGCCUUUGCUGCCACGCUUUUUGCCUUAGGCUUAGCACUGGGUACCACUAUUGCAGUCGGUAUGCUUUUCUUCAUACAGAUGAAAGUCAUCCUUCGAAAUAAGACCUCAAUCGAGUCAUGGAUUGAGGAAAAGGCCAAAGACCGAAUACAGCACUACCAAACCGGGGAGGAGUUUAUCUUCCCGUACGACCUCGGCGGCCGCUGGCUGAAUUUCAAGCAAGUCUUCACGUGGUCAGGGACGCCCAAAGGUGACGGUAUCGAAUGGCCAGUCCAUCCCAAGUGUCACCAGCACACCUUAACUAUUGAGCAACUGAAGCAGAAAGCUGAUAAACGAGUGAGAAGUCAGGUCCAGUAUCGGGCGAUAGAGGAUUAUAAUGGAGCUUGCUGCCCUCUCAGCAAAGGCAUCCAAACCUUUUUCAGAACCCCCUGCACCGAGGAGCCCAGGAUCCCCCUCAACAAGGGCGACACCAUCCUGGCCACUCGUGGCACCAAAUGGUGGAUGUAUGGAGACAAAGUUUUAACCGAAGAACAAAUGAGAGCUGGCGAUCGUAUUAGGGGGUGGUUCCCGAGGCGAUGCGUGGAGAAGUGCCAUUACGACACAGCCGCCAGUGACGGGACCAGCGACAAGAAAGUGAAUUAAUUAAUAUGUGUCGAGCGGGGAAGGUGAACCGAACCGUGGUCAUUAACAAAUACGUCCACUGAAGAUGUCACGGCCUGAAGCUGCAGGCUCACCUUAAAGGAAUUUCCUACUUUGAUUAAGAUUUCAUAGUUUUUCCGAGUCUCACUUUGCUGUUGCACGUCUUGAGGAGGACUUAACAGAGUUCAUGGGAGGGACUGGGCUCAGCUGGAUUCCUCUGACCAAAAGUAGAACCCAACCAGAGUCUUAGUUUUGAAGGAUCGCCGCUGGGCUUUAACGUUAAGAUGACAUGACUUUUUACUUGAAUUUGUUGUUUUUAUUUUUGUGUCGAUAUCCUGUUUUUUGCUACUUAUGCAACGCCUCUGCCCAGCUAACCCCCGGGGCUUCACCAUGCAACUCUUUCUACAGUAUGGAGAUAAACACUUAAUUCCUUUUUAUUAUUUUUGUAAAAAAAAAAAUAAACAAAUAAAUCGUUGGCCUCAAACCAUGAACUGAAAAUUAAAAAUUCUUCUGCAGUAGCUGUUGUUGUAAGUCUUUGUAACUCCCAUAAAGGAUGUUUUAAUUUCUGAAGUGCCUUGGGCUUAAGGUAAAACACUGGUUUGUACAAUAUAGUGACAGUCAUGCUUUCAGUGAAAGAGAGACAUUUAUAAAAAAAAAUACAUUUAUGUCCAGUUUGCAACACAAUGAGUUCUGCGGUUUUCAGUAUUGUUUUAGUGUUCACAUUAAACUCCUUAACUUCU